UAAAAAUUCGACGAAGCAACUGCCGGCAGCAAAUUAAAAUCUUCAAAAAUGUUUCAUAAUUAACAAUAACCAUUGUUUUCAAUGGUAAAUAGUUUUAACAUGGCCACGUGAACAUACUGUGUUAAUUAUAUUUGUUUUUUAAGAAAUAAACUAAAUAUAAACUUCAAGGAUGGAAAACCGUAAGCCAAAUAAAUAUGGGGUUAUCGAAGACCUUCUCGGUUUAACCGAUUCCGAAGAUUCAUCGUCGUCAUCUAAUACAGGGGUGUUCGAGACGCACCAGCCGUUCGUGCUAGAGCUCCACGACCUGGUGAAGGAUGACCCGGCAGCGGAGAACCCGGCUCCCGAAACCAAGGUGAAGAAGCACAGAAAGAAGAAGGGACAGCCUGGGGCCAACCAAGGAGCUGCCAGCGACACGUCAAGCAGCGUGUCCGAAAGUUCCGUGCCUCCUACUGGUCUAGAAGAGCACAGCAGAGAAGAAUUCUACGACGCCCAUGAGAGCUACCAUGGCUUGACAGAGAACCAAGCGGCAGCCAACCCAGUGGCGGCGGCGGGGCUGGUGCAGGCCAGGUCGGAGCACGGGCCCACGCCCAAGCUGACUCAGGAGCAGACCAACGUCCAGCAGACACAGGGCUCGGCGUCGAGGCGGGAACCAUCCACUACUGUCACGAAACCUACAGCAAAUCCGAAAUGAAAACACUGAUCAACCAACCAGACCCGCAUCUACAGUGAUAAACUAACUUUACUUUACAU